ACUUCCACCGGUGCGAGAAGGCGAUGGCGGCCAAGGGGGCGGACGCGGGGCCGUGCCAGUGGUACUACCGCGUCUACCGCUCCCUCUGCCCCACCUCCUGGGUGACAACGUGGGACGAGUACCGCGAGGAGGGGACCUUCCCCGGCAAGAUCUGA